AUGGUCCCCACGACUUGGCUGGCGGCCGUCUCUCUGGCCGGUGCCGCUGCAGCACAGUAUUUCCCUCCAACACCUGAAGGGUUGACAGUGGUGGACUCAAAGCAUGAGAAGGGAGUAAAGAUUUCAUACAAGCAGCCGGGGAUCUGCGAAACCACACCAGGAGUCAGAUCGUACUCGGGCUAUGUUCACUUGCCCCCAGGAACCCUGGAUGACGUGGGUGUAUCCCAAAAGUAUCCUAUCAACACCUUCUUCUGGUUCUUUGAAGCACGACAUGGUCCGAAGAACGCCCCCCUCUCCAUCUGGAUGAACGGUGGGCCCGGCAGUUCGUCCAUGAUCGGUCUCAUGCAGGAGAACGGCCCGUGCAUUGUGAAUGCUGACAGUAACUCGACCGAGCUGAAUCCCUGGUCAUGGAACAACUACGUCAACAUGCUAUACAUCGAUCAGCCCAAUCAGGUCGGCUUUAGCUACGACGUAGCUACCAAUGGUACCUUCGACCAGAUCGCCUCGGCAUGGAAUGUUUCCAAAUGGCAGCACGGCGUGCCAGAACAGAACAAUACCUUUUAUGUCGGCACGACUACCAGUGGAAAACCAUCUGCUGCCGCAAACGGUACAGAAAAUGCCGCGCGCUCAUUGUGGCACUUUGCGCAGACUUGGUUCACCGAGUUCCCCGAAUACAAGCCCAAUGAUGAUCGCGUGAGCAUCUGGACAGAGUCGUAUGGUGGCCGCUACGGACCAUCUUUCACUGCGUUCUUCCAAGAACAGAACGAAAAAAUCAAAAAUAAAACGCUCACUACUGCGGGCGAGUCGCACUACAUCCACCUCGACACACUGGGCAUCAUCAACGGCUGCGUUGAUCUCCUCGUCCAAGCCCCCUCAUACCCCAUUAUGGCCUACAACAACACCUACGAUCUGCAAACUAUCAACAAAACCGUCUACACGGAAGCCAUGCACGCUUGGAGUCGACCAGGAGGCUGCAAAGACCAAAUCAAGCAUUGCCGAGUCCUAGCCGCCGAAGGCGACCCCCAGAUGCACGGUAACAACGAGACUGUCAACAAAGUUUGCAAAAAGGCUGGGGAUUUCUGCAGUAAUAAUGUUGAGGGUGCCUAUGUUAACUACGCAGACCGAGGCUACUACGACAUUACUCACAAGAACCCGGAUCCCUUCCCAUCAAACUACUUCCUGGGUUUCCUGAACCAGCACUGGGUACAGGGCGCGCUGGGCGUACCCAUCAACUUCACCGAGUCUAUCGACAGUGUCUACCAGGGCUUCCAGUCUACGGGUGACUAUGCCCGCGCGGAUGUCCACGGAUACCUGGACGAUAUAGCCUACGUGCUAGACUCGGGCAUCAAAGUGGCCCUCGUCUACGGAGACCGCGACUACGCCUGCGACUGGAUUGGUGGCGAAGACGUCAGUCUGAGUAUCCAGCAUGCAGAGGCCGAUGCCUUCCGGGCAGCUGGGUAUGCACCCCUGCGCACGAAUUCGAGCUACGUGGGUGGUCAGGUGCGGCAGCAUGGCAACUUCUCGUUCACGCGGGUGUACGAGGCAGGCCAUGAAGUACCGGCUUAUCAACCGCAGACGGCGUAUGAGAUUUUCCACCGAGCUUUGUUCAAUCGUGAUCUGGCGACCGGUAAGGUUGAUACUGCAAAGAAUAGGUCGUAUUCUACCAAGGGUCCAGCUUCGACGUGGCAGUUUAAGAACCAGGUGCCUGAGAGUCCUGCGCCGGAGUGUUAUAUUUUGGCGUUGGAGGCGACGUGUACGGAGGAUCAGAUAGCCAGUGUGGUGAAUGGGACGGCUGUGAUUAAGGAUUAUGUCCUCGUGGAGGGUUGA